AUGCACGACACGGACGCAAGGGUCGCAUUUCUGGAUUGGCUGCGCUCUCAUGGCGCGUACGUGCACCUGAGCCUGUAUUUUCGUCACAAUGAGAAAGAUGGAUGGGGCCUUUACACUCGAGAUGUCCUGGGCGAGGCAACGGAAGCAAUGCGAAUCCCUCGCUCAAUAGUGCUUCAUCCCAUGAUAGCCCACCAAAAACUAUGUCAGGGUUUACGUGUAAAUGAUGGAUAUGAGACACUCUGCCCAAGAGAAUGGAUGCUUUUGUACCUCGUCAUCCAACGAGUUCUAAGUGAAAAAACUUUGACAGGUGGGACGAUGACAAUACUGGGGGCACAUAUACCUUAUAUUCGAAUUUUCCCUACCAGUAUGCUCACGCCGCUACAUUACUCAACGUCAGAGCUUUCUUUAUUAGAAGGCACAACUUUGUACCAUGGUGCAAUACAGCGGCGUGAGGCAUCAAAGCUAUCUUCAGAGCGUGCCAAGGAUUGGUUAGUUUCUGCCAUGACUUCCGCGAGUGACGAUCAAAUCAGGCUUCUUCUCACAUGGAUCGGCGAAAUAGACUGGCACUCAGCAUGGCUCUGGGCAGAGGACGGAUACGCAAGUCGUAGUUUUCCACCACAGGUUGCUGGCUGGCCUCAGGGAGACGAGCCCAUUCUAAUUCCAGGAUUCGACGCUUUAAAUCACCGUCGUGCGGAACCAGUGACUUGGUCUUUCCGUGAACCUGCAUUAGCCGUCUUCACGCUUCGACGUGCUUACUCGCAAGGUGAGCAAGUCUACAAUAAUUAUGGUGCCAAAAGCAAUGAAGAGCUAUGCAGCUCCUACGGAUUCGUUGAACCGGAUGGACCAGAUGAUCUACUUGCGUUAGCGUUGCGCAGCAACGCUGAUGAUGCAGCUGGUGUGUUUUAUUGGCCGCAGAACCAAACAGAACCUCCCUCAGCCUUGCUGGUCAGACUUCGCGAACAUGUUGGACCCACUGCGGAGACGGGGCGUGUUGCACGACUGCUUUUGGAAGUUCAAGUCAUGGAAAUGUUGGAAAAAAUGCUUCGCCAACGUCGAAAAGCAUUUCGUCUUACGCAGCGGGAAGUUGAGGAUGCCGUGCCGUUUAAAAAUGAAUCAGAUUUUGUUCGUGAAAGCGUGCUGUACGUCAUUCGAACCUAUCGAGAUGCCCAAGCCAGCAUGUUGAACAAAAAAAUACAGUGGGUUCAAGCAGAGCUGGACCGUUUGCUCGAUGAGCUAGAGCAUGAAGGUUGGACACCUUAG